AUCGCUCCCGGUCUCAGCGAAUCCAUCGCUCGCUCUCUGGGGAGGAGGAGGAGGAGGAUCACACCAAAGCUUUGAUGAGCCAAGGCGCGAUCAUUGACUAGCUAACAUUAAUACCCAGCAGCAGAAUUCUGGAUGCCUCAAAAUCCCAGAGAAAUUUUCCCUCUUGUAAACAGGAGCCACCCAACCGCUCUCCACCACAAAAUCUAUCCUGUGAUGAAAGCAACGAACCCGCUUUCCCUUGAUAAUUCUUCUAGACGGGGCCAGUGCCAAUACUGGGAGAGGCAAACACUCCCAUCCUGUGUUGCAUCACCCUCUCCCUCUCUCUCUCUCUCCCUCUAGCCUCCCCUCUUCUCUGUGUUGUCGUCAAGCGUCGAUGCUGGAUUUCGCGGACAGAUUACUAGUCGGAAAGAUUGCGCAAGUCUGCGCAUUGUUAGUGAGGAGGCAAAUGCAGCUAGAGUGAAAUUUGGGCGAUAGAUGUUGUGUGGGUGAGAAUUGGGCAAUAGUUGUGCGGAGUGUGGAGUGUGGUCGUCAGUUGAGUGCAAGAUGGCGGCAGCUACAGCGUGUGUUUCCACUGGUUGUUGCUCUAUUACGAGUGCCAGAGAGGGCUAUGGCCGCCAGCAGCAAGGGAGUCCGAGUAACGCAGCUGCGAAGUCGCUUAGCCGGUCGUCGUUCUGUGGGGACAAGGUGGCUGCGUCUUUGAAAGCCCAGGCUUGGUUACCUGCAACUCCCAAGCGCCAGAAUGCCGCCAUGGGUCCUAUCCAAGUUUCUUCUGUCUUGGCAGAACUCGACGAGGCCCUUGAGGACGGCACCGAGGAGAAAGCCCGGGUUGAUCCAAGAACAGUGUUGUCAAUCAUCCUUGGAGGUGGUGCGGGGACGCGGCUUUAUCCCCUUACGAAGAGACGUGCAAAACCUGCUGUGCCUAUCGGUGGAGCGUACCGGUUGAUUGAUGUGCCUAUGAGCAACUGUAUUAACAGCAGAAUUAACAAAGUCUUCAUCCUCACUCAAUUCAAUUCCACAUCCCUCAACCGUCAUCUUGCCCGCACCUAUAAUUUUGGAAAAAUUAACUUUGGAGAUGGUUUCGUUGAGGUCUUGGCAGCCACUCAGACUCCAGGCGACAGAGGAGCUGAUUGGUUUCAAGGAACUGCAGAUGCCGUCCGGCAAUAUUUGUGGUUGUUUGAGGAUGCCAAGAAUAAGGUGGUGGAGGACGUGGUUAUCUUGUCCGGCGAUCACCUCUACCGUAUGGAUUACAUGGACUUUGUCCAGAAGCACAGGGACAGUGGUGCCGAUAUCACAAUAUCUUGCGUGCCCAUGGACGACAGCCGUGCUUCUGACUAUGGGUUGAUGAAGAUCGACGAUGAGGGACGAGUCCUUUAUUUCAAUGAAAAGCCUAAAGGCGAUGCUCUGAAAAGCAUGCAAGUGGACACAACAGUCUUGGGUCUGACCCCGGAGGAAGCCGCUGCGAAGCCUUACAUUGCAUCCAUGGGUAUUUAUGUGUUCAAGAAGGAUGUUCUUUUGAAACUUUUAAGAUGGAGAUACCCCACUGCUAAUGACUUUGGUUCAGAAAUUAUUCCCGCUUCUGCGAAGGAAUUCAACGUGCAGGCAUAUUUGUUCAAUGACUACUGGGAGGAUAUUGGAACCAUCAAGUCUUUCUUUGAUGCUAAUUUAGCUCUUACUUCUCAGCCGCCCCAGUUCAGCUUCUAUGAUGCUACAAAGCCUAUCUUCACAUCUCCACGCUAUCUUCCUCCAACAAAAAUUGAACAAUGCCAGGUUGUAGAUUCAAUUAUUUCGCACGGAUGUAUUUUAAAAGGCUGCAGCGUCAAUCAUUCGAUUGUUGGUAUUCGAUCUCGUCUGCAGGAGGGUAUUGUGUUGAAGGAUACAAUGAUGAUGGGAGCUGAUUUCUAUCAGACAGAGGAAGAAGUGGCACAGUUGUUAAAGGCAGGAAAGAUUCCUCUAGGAGUCGGUGAAAACUCGAGAAUCAGCAACUGCAUUAUUGACAAGAAUGCCAGAAUCGGCAAGAAUGUUGUCAUUGCUAACACCGACAAUGUGCAAGAAGCAUCAAGACCGGAGGAAGGUUUCUAUAUCAGAACAGGGGUGACAGUGAUUGAGAAGAAUGGGAUCGUCAAGGAUGGGACCGUGAUCUAACUUCAGAUAGGCCUACAGUUGAAUGGUUCCAAUUACCGGGUUGAAUACAGCGUGUAUCCUGUCACCUAUCACUAAAUUUUUUGAGCUCGAUUGAGCAGUCGAAAGGAGAAGACACAAUUUUCAAUGCUCAUAUGCUCGUAGGAGGAACUAGGUCUCAGUUGACUACUUUGUCAGCGUGAAAUAGCCUUCGAAUCUAGCGUGGUGAUGCUACUAGUGACAAUGGGAUAAUGAUUAAUUUGACAUCGAAAGAAACAUUGCCCCUAGAUUUUCUGUAUCAUAGUGCUUCAAUUUAAUUCCACAUUCAGUAUAGGUUUUCUUGUGUUUCAA